CUUGCGGUCACGUUAAGCACUGCGUUUUCGUUGAUAAUUUUUUUAAAUUAAGUUUCAACGUAUUUAUUUAGUAAUUUAUUGGUUUAAAAUAGUUGCAAAGUGCCCAGCAAGAAUUCUGCAACGUUUUGCUUUAAAUUUUACAUAUUUGCGUGCGCUCGUUUUGUGUGAAAAUGUGAAAAACAUUGCCGAUGGUAAUGUGUUUUCCCCCAAUUGCAGUAAAAACUAAACUGCGAUAAAUGUGUGUGUGUGUGGAGAAAAAAGAAUAAAAUAAAAUAGCAAAGCAAAGAGUAAUAGAAAUAAUAAAAAAUUGAAGUGAAUCGCCCAUAAUAAAAUCAGCAUAACUAAUGUACGGCGUAAAAAUGUUGCAGCUACUGCUGGAAAGGCUGCAAAAAUGAACGAUGAGCGCAACGGUAACGGCAAUAAGAGCAAUAACAACAGCAACAACAGUAGCAGCAGUCACAACAACAGUUCAACAAGCAUCGCCAGCAAUAGCAGUUCAACAGGCAUUGACCACAACAGUUCGACAAGCAUUGCCAACAGUUCAACUAUCAUCAACAACAACAACAACGAGCGACUAAUUGCAGAGGCGGCUGCAAAGAUUCUACUUAAAAAUGGCAUAAACGGCGCAAAUGCUGCUGCAGCAGCCGCCACAUUGUUAACAGCAGCAGCUGCUGCCACAUUUCAACUGCCUGCCGCACCAGCAGAACUGAAGCCACCGCUACCAUCAACAGCAGCAACACCAUCAACAAUAUCCCCAACUUCAUCAACAUCCUCAACGUCAGCAACAUCCAAUGGCACCACGCCCACAUUAUCACAAACAUCAACAACAAAAAGUUCCAGUCACCACACAAUGGCAACAGCCUCGGCUACGUUGCUCGCUGCCGCUGCUGCUGCUGCCACAAGCGCAGCUCCAAAGCCGCACAUUGAUGUUAUGGCAGGCGUCUUGGAUUAUAGCGCAUUAAAUGGACCAAAUGUUGUUGCUGCUGUAAAGAGCCAGAACAACAAAUUUGGCGGCAACGGCAGCAGCUUUGAUAUGGGCAGGCAUCCGAUAUCAAUGCAUAACAGCAACAACCACAGCAAUCACAGCAACAACAACAACAGCAGCAGCAGUCUAGGCGGCUGUGGCGGUCGACUACAGUUUUUUAAAGAUGGCAAAUUUAUAUUGGAACUGGCACGCGCUAAGGAAGGAGACAAAGCCGGUUGGGUGUCUGUGCCACGCAAGGCAUUUCGUACGCCCUCGGCAGCCACAUCGGCCACAGUGACGCCCACGUCUGCGGUGACAACAACGUAUCCAAAGAACGAGAAUUCCACAUCGCUAAGCUUUUCGGAUGACAACAGCUCCAUUCAGUCAUCACCCUGGCAGCGGGAUCAGCCCUGGAAGCAGACAAGGCCACGUCGUGGCAUCUCCAAAGAACUUUCGCUAUACUAUCAGCGUCCCCGGCACAAUGUUCUCAAUCAACGCGCACGACAGGCGGCUCUACGCAAACGACGUCGUCCUUACGAGGUCAGCGUUGGCAGCGAGGAUUCGCAGAGCAUAUUCGAACGCAUUCACUUGCAAGAGAAUGGCGAUGAAACCUUAAAGGCUAUCGAAGAAGUGGAUGCCACAAAAACAACAACGGAACAACAGUCAGCAGAUGAGAUUAAACCUACUGUUAAGAGCGAAGUGGAGUUAAGCGAGAUCAAAACAGAGCCGGAAUCGAUGGAAGUGAAGACGGAACACGAUGACUGCAAAGCUGACGUUGUGGUGGAUGUAAAAGCUGAAGCUAUGGUCGAGAAAAUGAACACAAGCGAGGAUGAAGACGGCAUGCACAUCAGUGUGGACGAUGCGACACCUGAAGCCACAGAAGCAUCGACAUCUAGCUUAGCGAACGGCAAUGCAGCAAGUGAACUGAAUGGCGGAGGCGAUGCAAAGGUGCUGCACACCAAGUGUGAAGCGGAUGAUGAUGCAAGGACAGCAACAAAAGUUAAGACGACGGCGACUACAGAUAUAAGACUUAAAAAGCAUAAACCCAGAGCCAAGCUCAAUAGCAUCAUACAGAAACUAAUUGAUGGCGUGCCUGCGCGCCUCGAACAAUUGUCAAAGACAUCAGCAACACUGGCGAAUGCAGCGGCAACAACAGCGACAACGACAUCAGCAGGGUCGUCAUCAUCAGCAUCAUCAAUAUCAACCACAACUGAACGUAGCAGCGGUGGCGGAGCCAUCGGUAGUCUAAGUCACUCUUUGGCGCAUAAGGUCUCGCCACCAUCGUCUGCAACAGCCACGAGUCGUUUGGUUGAAUACCAUUUACAGCAUGUGUCGCCGCGCAAACGCAUACUGCGUGAAUUCGAAAAGGUUUCGCUGGAGGACAACAAUGGCUGCAUCAAUAAUGGCAGCGUUGGUGGCAGCAGCGGCGGAGGCAGUGGAAGCGGCGUUGGUGGCAAAAGAAGUCGUGCCAAAGGUGGCAGCAGCAAUACAUCAUCAAGUAGCUGCAGUGGCAUUGUUGCUAACAAAUCGACAGUGCCGAUGAAUCUAGCACCACCCCAGGCCAAAACGCUACCCAACAUCACGCCCACAGUAACGACAGCAGUUGCAGCAGCGGCGGCAUCAACGGCGACAUCGCAACCAACACGACUGAACAGCUCCUACAGCAUACACUCGCUGCUGGGCAGCAGCAGCAGCAGCUCUAAUUCCAAUAAGAAGUCGCACGAUCAGCCGGCAACAAUCAUCAGUAAUGUGCAUCAUCAUCAUUCACAUUCUCAUCCUCAACAUCCGCAUUCCCUUUCGCAUCCACAUCAUUCGCUCUAUGCCAAUCCAACAAACUAUCCGCAUCCACAUUCACGUGCUGCGCUGCUCAACUCGCCCAAGUCACCGGAAAUGAGCGGCAGCAACGGUGGUAAAUCGCCAUCGCAUGCAGCAAGCAAAAAGCAGAGAUCACCACCAUAUGCUGCUGCUGGUUCCCCAUCACUGCCCAUCGACUAUGGACGACGCACGCCACCGGACAGCUAUAAGCUAGCUCAGGCACAGGCGGCGCAUGCGCAACAGCUUCAGCAUCAUUCCUUCUAUGCGCCCUACAUUCCACAGACCAGCAGCAGCAGCUCCAGCGGCACGCGUGCCGAUCUGUUGUCGCCGCCACGCUCUACGAGCGCCUCGCCACGUGAACCAGCGGUCGGCAACACGACUACACCACACCGAACCGUGCCCAAAAAGACUGCAUCGAUACGACGCGAGUUUGCCUCACCCACGGCCAGCAAUUGCAGCACGGCAACCAGCAACAGCUGCCCCUCGCCAGGCGAGCGCAGCACAUCAUCGCCGGAAAGACGACAGCAACAGCAGCAGCAGCAGCAGCAACAACAUCUUCAAUUGCAGCGUGGCUCGCCAAGCGCAGCUGCCGCUGCUGCUGCAGCCGCGGCUGCAGCUGGUUCGCCUUUGCAUUAUUAUAUGUAUCCACCAGCGCCGCAACUGAAUGGCAGCGGCGGUGCAGCGAGUCCAAAUGCCACACCCACAACAAGCAGCGUAGCUGUGGCAGCUGCUGCUGCAGCGGCUGCGGCAGCCGCAUACAUUCCAUCGGUAGUCUCGCCAUCGCUCUACCAUCCAUAUAUAACGACGCUUGCCGCUAUGCGGCAUCCACUGUGGAUGCAUCAUUAUCAGGCGGGUGGAGCAUUGUUGCCACCGCCGCCGCCGCCACAUCCGCAUGCGCAACCGAGUAGCGCGGCUGGAGCGCGACUAUCGCCACAAUCGCCGUAUCAUCAUCCAUUUGGUGGCUACAAUGGCGUAGUUAGUCCGGCCAGUGUGGCGGCAGCGGCUGCUUAUGGUCAGGCGGCGGCAUCGGCAUCGCCGUCGUCUUCGAAUCCACAUUUAGGACAUCCGCAUCAUAGUACGCCGCCUACACAUUUGGCCGAGCAUCGAACGCACACGCCAAAACUGACUGAUACAUCAUCAUGUACUGACCAAAUGUCGUCUGCAGCAUCGUCGUCGUCGUCGUCCAGUCAUCGCACCACAAUCGUCUCCAGUUCACCGGCCAGCUCCAGUGCGUCCGUAACGUCUGCAGGUGCAGCGCUCGGCAGCGGCGGCUCCUCAGUACAAUCCGCAAUGUUUCAAAAUAGUAGUCUAAGGAAUGAACUAAGUUCAGACUUACCACUGAAUCUGUCAAAACACUGAGAUCCCCAGCUCUAUACCUAUGUUGCUUCAGUGUUUGGGCAUCCCUCGAGUUAAGUACAUUUAUCGCACUAGUAGCGCUUAAGACGACAUUCAAACCCCCACACUACAUACAUAAUUAGUGGAUAAGUUAGAUGCUAUUUUUAGUUUGUAACUCAAUUGUUUUGCAUUAAGCUACCUAGGGUUUUUUUUUAUUUUAAGUCCGACAAUACAAGCUGAUGACUACGACACUAUAUAUUACAUAAUAACAAAACUUCAAAAUGUUUUUUUAAAAAACCCGUUCCAAAACUAUUUAUGCAAUCAGCUAAGCGUAUAAAAAAUAACCAACAAAACCGUUUUUUGGCUAACUUACGAGUAAAAUUUUAAUAUAUAUAUUUUUUUAAUUCCCAUAGGAUGCACGUCUUAAAGAAUCUCAAAAAAUAUUCAAAGUCGGUUUUUCAAUACUUGGUUGAGAAAAUACUUUGAACUCUGAACCGCUUAUUGAAAAGUCGCCACUAAGAUUUUUUUUAUCAAAAACAUUUCCUUGAAACAGACUGAACUUAAAUUUUUUAGACAAAAAUAAAAUUGAAACAAAAAAAAUAUAACAUAGACCACUGCAUCUUACUUUUUAUAUGUAUGUGCGUGUAUGUAAAAAAUAUUUUGACAAAGAAAAACGAAAAAAAAAACAAACAAAAAAUAAAAUACAAAAAGAAAGGAAAAACAUACAAAAAAUACAAAUCAGAUUUUUAUAGAAUGCGUGUGCCUUUGAACAUGAAAAUAAAACUAGGGAUUUAAAGAUGGAGAGAAAUGUACUACGAAACUUGAACUACUUACAAAAAUUCAGAAUUAACUAUAAAUAGAACUGUUAUUCUAAAAUGCAUACAUAAAAGUAUACUUUUAAAGAAGAGGUCCAAAACUACAGAUUGCAAAUUGCAAUAAAAUUGACACUCGAUUUUGUAUUAUGUCACAGUCAUACGUGCAAUUUAGAUAACGAUAAAGAACAGAAUAAAAACUUUAUUUUCAUAAUCUCAAUUUAUUGUAAUUUCUAACGAAUUUAUUGCAAAAUUAUCAAAUAUUGCAAUACUUUCAUAGAAAUUUCUAUAAGAAAGUUCAAAAAUAAUAAUUGCUAACAAAAUUAAUGAAAAUGUUGCAAAAUAUUUAAUAAUUAUUGUGCAACAUUUUUGUGUAAAUUAUUUAAAUUCGAAAACUGUGAUUGAAGUUUUUAAGCUUAACUCAGAACUGACUAAAAACACAGUCUUGAGUCAAUCUUAAACUUUUCAAUUAAUUAUAAACAAAUUAAGAUUCCAGUAUGCCUUUGCAUAAUGCGAAAGUUGUCAAUUUUGCCAACACUAAACUAAAAAAUUGCAAAAAUGUACAAAAAUGCUACGUCUACAUAUACAGAAAAGAAAUAUUUACAAGAAACACAGACCUAAAUUUCGUACAACUGAAACUAAGUAAUACAAAUUAAAUAAAACAAAAAAAUAUAUAUUCCUAAAAGUAAAAAAAGACAAAAUAUUUCUCAUAUUUUCUAAAUUAUUUAUAUAAUUCAAAUGACUAUUUAUAUGUUAUGCUAUAAGUAAAAAUAGUUGUAAUUUUUGUAAAUACAGUAUUUUUACACCGACAACAAUGUAUCAACAUCAGCAACAAAAGAGUAAAAAAAGAAACGUGGAGAAAACAUAACCCAUAUAUAUUAAAUAUAAACUAUUUUUUUAAAUGGAUAUUAACUUGAAAUACUGAGUUAUAUACAAUAAUAAAAUCAAAACGAUUCCAUAACCGAAUUUUACAAUUUGUAAAAUAACUACUUUAAAGGGAACUGCAAAACUAAAUCAAUUUUCCAUUCAUUUAAUACAAACCAGUACUGUGUACAACAUUUUUGUUUUAUAAAAUUGUAGUGUUUUUUAUUCCAACAUCCAUUUGUUUAUAUGUUUAACGCUGGCAAUGUUUUUUUUUUCGAAAGUGUACUGUGUGCAUUUAUGACGCUGUUUUGCUGAAAGGUUUCAAACACUAAAAGCGCGAAUCUAAUUGAAAAGUUCGCGAUAGGGUUAUAUAGUAUUUAAAUAUAUGAAUAAAUAUAUAUAUAUAUAUAUAUUAAAUACAGCGUCGUCUAUGGACAAUAGAUGAGAUGAGUGUAAAGUAAACUGAAAACAAAACUAGUUUUAAACAAAUAAUAUAUUUUAUAUACAUAAACAGAAACUGAAUUAUUGAUGUCAAAUAAAAAUUUAUACUAAAUGAACUUGUAAAA